AUGAUGAGAGGACUAGGAAUUAAAGUCCUUUUUAAGUUUAUUAUAUUUUCUGGAUUAAUUAUAUGCCUUUUUUAUUCAUAUAACGAAUGGUACCUUAAAAUUAAUCAAAAAUUACUUGUGGGGUUGAACGAAAGUGUUUCUGUGUCAACUUAUUUCAAGGAGAAACUGUUUCUAAAUAAUAUAGAAAAUUCAAGAACAUUAGCGAAAUUGUCUCAAACGUCUAAACCAAAGAACCAAGAUGAAUACAGAGAAUCAAGAUUCCAGCUUGUCGACGAUAUCAAAGAAACAUUUGUAUAUUCAGCCUUUUAUGACGGUCGUGGAAAUCCGGUUAUAACCGUGAUUGUGAUUGUAAAGACAGAUAGAUUGGAUGAAAAGUUAAAGUCAGAUAGAUACAGUUGCAUUGCUGACCCUUCUAAAAACCAUUUACCAGCAUCUUUAGAAUAUAUCACAGAACCAAAUUGGGGUUAUAAAUAUAAAGGAGGAUUUAUAAGAUGUAAUUUGACCAAAACAGAGAAACCAAAAGCAAUCUCCAUUGUUCUACAUUCCCAAAUCAAAAAGAACAGAAAUUUUACGCCAAACAAUAAACUAACAGUUCAAUAUCCGUCAAAUUUUAUGAGAAAUUUCACACGUUGUGUUCCAGCUUUUUAUAAUUUCACAGAUCAAAAUGCCUUGAUACAAAUGUUAGAGAGUGACUUAAUGUUUGGGAUGAAUCAUUUUAUAAUGUAUAAUUAUACUGGAAUGACACCUAAAAUACAACAAAUUCUCAAAUCGUAUCAAGAUGAAGGUGUUCUCACACUACUCCAGUGGAAUUUGCCUGUGCUUAAAAAAGAUAUUCAUUAUUUUGGACAAAUGUCUAAUAUGCAUGAAUGCAUUUUGCGCAAUAUGUACGUUUCUAAGUAUGUGUUUAUUGCCGAUGUAGACGAAAUCGUUGUAAGUGAUAUGUAUUCUUCAUGGCAAUCACUGACUUCCUCUAUCCUUGGUAAACACCCUUAUUGUGGUGCCAUAUCGUUCAGGAAUGCUUUCUUCCCAAUUACCUUCAAAGAUAGUGCAGUAGAUUUCCCUGGUAAAACCAUUGCUCAAAAGAUGGGUUUAACAUUUUUGUUAAAAACCACUCAUACCAAACUGCAUACUAUAGGAGAUCGUUCCAAACUGUUAGUUCGACCAGAAACAAUACACCAGAUGUGGAUACAUGGUGUCCAGAAGUUUUCUAAUUCCAAAAUGACAACAUGUCCUGUGAAAAAUCCCAAGGAUGCUUUGCUUCAUCAUUACAGAUUCAAGAUGGCGCCGGAUAUGCGGCUUCCAUAUUCUGAUGAUCACACGUUCCAAAAAAAAAAUAAUGAACUAAUUUCAAGAGUUCAAAAAAGAUUUCAGAAGAUUAAAACUACAUCUGUAACUUAA